GAAGAAAAAGAAACGUCACACUCAGGAAGCGGCAACGAGAGGAUCUCGCGCUCGAGGACCUUGAUAAAGCCACGAAGAUUUGUUCUUCUGUUUAUUAGAAUUUUGAAAAAGGAACUCGUGUAUACUUUUUAUUGAAGCAGCAGUCAGAGUUUUGUUUGCAGUUUCCCCUCGAAGGAUUUUACACUAUUGUCACGAUGCCGAGAGGAGGCAAAAAGGGCCACAAGGGUCGGGGCAAGCAGUUCAACAAUCCUGAGGAGAUCGAGCGGCAGAUGCGAGCGCAGAGGGAGAGGGAGGAAAGCGGUGAUGCAGAGCGUGAAUCUGAAUCUGAGGAGGAAAGCAGUAGUGAAGAUGAACAAAAUCAAAAGAGGAAUGGAGUACAAGGUUUGAUUGAAAUUGAGAAUCCCAACCGCAUCUCCCAGAAGAGCAAAAAAGCCACUGAGGUUGAUGUGAACACACCGAGAGAGCUCUCACGCAGAGAGAGGGAGGAGAUUGAGAAGCAGAAAGCUAAGGAGCGCUACAUGAAGCUGCAUCUGGAAGGAAAGACAGAUCAGGCCAGAGCAGACCUCGCCAGACUGGCUAUUAUUAAAAAACAGAGAGAAGAGGCAGCGAGAAAGAGAGAGGAACUGAGGAAAGAAAAAGAGGCACAGGAGGCCAAGUCCAAACGUUAAGUCUCGUCCCCAUCCUGAAGACUCGGUUAAUGGGGGCGGGAGGGAAGGGACCAAAUUAAUUAGGGAGACAGCUCAGGGGUGUCCAGACACUGUCCUUUCAUCCUUCACUGGCAGGGACAGGCAGCGAUUUGGACAUUCAGAGUCACAUCACAUAAAGUGGGGGUUAAAGACAUGAACUCACUGGUUUGCUUAUUGGUACCUAAAACAGGAAGUGAUCAGCAAGACCAUGAUGUCCUCAUGUCCUUUCCCCCCAUACCUCCGAUGUGUUCUGAUCCUACAGCUGCAAGAGUUUACUCUUAUAUUUACUCUUUUGGUAUGUUUUAAUAAAGCUUUGAUUGGGUUGUUGGCCAGGGUUGUGUUCUUACUGACGUCACCUGGCAUGUUUCUAGAGAGUAGGGUAGAGUAAUGAAUGGAGAAACACUAGCAAACUUGUAGAACACCAUCUGCUCUUGUUCUGACCUUAUUACUGUAUGUUUUUUAAUUCUCUGUGGAUAAGCUACCCAUAAUAAGCACCCUUUGUACUAUACAAAAUGUUUUUGCCCCACUUUUUUUUUUGUUUUUUUUGCAUGCUAGUUGCAAGAUAUAUCCAACUUAUAACCAAUGCCAGUAAUGCUACAACUUUUAAAAACAUAAUUGAUUUAUUAUCUUUGAAUGGAACAUCAGCAGUAUUAAUAUGCAUACCUAAUCAGGUUAACAGUAUGUAUGGUUAUAAUCAGAAUUUUUAACUUCCCCCUUUAUACUGGUGUGCAUACAUUUCUCUGUAAAUUGCCUUUUUUCCUCAUGACCAACUCCUAAACAUACCUCUUGUAUAUUAGGUCUUGUUCACACUUGGUAUUAACAUCUGUCUGGAGCGAUGUGAUCAGAAGCGGACGGAUGGAACAGAGUUUUCAUGCAUCUUGAAUGCUUCUUCAGUAAGCACUUGUGACUUAUGGCAGUGACAGUGGAUUAGGUGAUGCUCUGUACUGAGUUCACACUACAUAUUUUAUAUGGCCAUAUGCAUUUAAGUGGUUUGAGAGAUCUGAUUUCAUAGCUAAAGAUUCCUAGGAAUAUGUUUACACCUGUUCCUUAUGCUUUCUACUUGUGAUCAGAUCACCCAGGGUGGAUGCUAAUACCAGGUCAGAACAGGGUCUUAUAUGCUUCAGCUUGUUGGUGGGACUUGAAUUGCCUUGAAUAUUAGGGGAAGCAAUAUUACAGUGAUGCAAAUGAUGAAACAUUCAGCUCAGUUAGUAAAGGUAUAUAUUUACAAAAGUGUUUCAAAAAAGUGUUGUAAAGUGUUCUCCAUGACUGAAAUAUUUACAUCCGUCAUUGAUAGGAAGCAAUUGGAUGUUUAUCCCGACUUUGAUUUUGUGGUAUAGAAAUAAAUACAUUAGUACAAUCA